GGAUAACGUCCCAGAAAAAUCCUAUCCUGCUCGCCCUCUUCGCUCGUCCUCGUACCCCCCAAAAUUCUCGUACCGCUUCCGCCAGAGGAAGAGCGCAAUGUCCAUCUCCGCCAUAUUCGGGACCCGGGUCCCCGUCGCGCCCCCGCCUCCCGCCGGCUCCGCCCCUCCCAAGGCGGCCCCGAGGCUCGCCGGCGGCUGGGGAGGGACGGUCUCCAUCGUGGAGUGCUCCUCGAGGCCGCAGAAGAAGGCCACCGCCCACCACAAGAAGACGAGGCCCCGCAAGACCCAGGCUUGGGACAUUCGGCGCAAGCCCACCGUCUACGCGCCCCUCCCUCCCCUCCCUCCCGACUGGACCCUCGCCUCCAGCGGCGGCGGCGGCGGCGGCGGCGACGGCGACGGCGAUGACGCGGACGCCGCUCCGGGUACCGCUUCUCCUUCUCCUUCUUCUGGUUUUUCUUCUCCUGUUGAGGCUCCGCCCACCAGCUAGCUCGAGCUUGUUGAAAAGAUGUCGCUUUUUGUUUGUACUUGAUAUUAUGACGGUGGUGUGUAAUUUGGUGUUUCGUUAUUGGGUACUUCGCUGAUAUCGUUAUGAGUUGGUUGCACUGAUUAGUCACAACCUGUUUGAUGAUAUUCUCGUAAGAGUGAAAUCGGGACGAGGCUCGCUUAAGGUUUUGAAUUUUAUGCGUCCAGUGAAGUUCUUGGCAA